AUGUUCUCCUUAAAGUAUCUCUACAUCGCAGGAGUUGUCCUCUUCGAACUGGGUUCCGUACUCUGCGGCGCCGCACCAUCCAUGAAUGUUCUCAUCGUUGGGCGAGUUAUCGCUGGAAUGGGCGGGACGGGAUUAUACCUCGGCGUUCUGAACCACAUCUCUGCAUUUGCCACUCGUGAAGAAAGGGGAACCUAUAUCAAUGGCAUUGGAUUUGUUUGGGGAGUUGGUGCCUGCCUAGGUCCUGUUAUCGGCGGCCUCUUUACUGUCUCGAGGGCUACAUGGCGCUGGGUUUUUUUUAUCAAUCUUGUCAUUGGAGUAGCGACUGCCCCCAUCUACAUAUUCAAUCUCCCCAAUGUUCAUCCUGUUCGAGGAAUCUCACUCUGGGUUCGAAUAAAGAGCGUCGACUACGUUGGAAGCGUACUCAGCACGGGAUUAUGGGUGGCAUUCUCGUUGGCCUUUGUCUUCGCUGGCGGUGCCUGGAGAUGGCAAGAUGGGCGCACCAUUGCUACAAUCAUAGUUUUCGGAUUGCUCACUAUAUUGUCGCAGGUUCUUACCGCCAUCUGCUCUGCGGCCUCUUAUUCGGCGCUUUACAUACCGACUUACUUCAUUCCCAUCUACUUCCAGUUCGUUCAAAACGACACAGCACUGAAAGCUGCGCUUCGCCUUCUUCCCUUUCUUCUUGUGGCUGUGGCCUUUAAUCUUGCAAGUGGCUAUCUAUUCUCCAAGCUCAAAUACUACAUGCCUAUGUAUUUGGUAUCAGGGAUCAUUAUCACAGUGGGAGGUUUGCUGUUAUAUGUAUACUUGAAGCCUGAAACGCCUACGUCUAGCAUCUACGGCAUUAGUGUUGUGCUUGCUAUGGGCGGCACGACCAUUGCUCUUAUCAUCGCUGUUCUCGUCUUAGAGUCUGCCGCUGUGCGCAAUGUUUCGGGAGUGCUGGAAGGCCAGGGUUUCUCAGAUGGGCAAAUUCGCGCCGUUAUCGCCGGAGCUCAGAGUAUAUUAUUCGAGGAGCUAAGUGAUGAUAUGAAGAUGCGUGUCAUUCUUGCCAUAACGGAAGCGAUGCAGACUGCAUUCUUCUUGGUUAUUGUGUCUGGAGCAGUUGUCGUGGUGUCUAGUUUUGCGAUGAAGAGGGAGAAGUUGUUUGGAGAGAUUGUGGCUGUUGGUUAG